GUAGCGCGGGGAAUUUCGAGUGGCAGUGGAGAGUGGGAGACCAGUCGGACCCUCCGCCCUCUUUAGGGGAGGCCAUGGACUCCCUAGUCGAGCCCCGGUGGCCUCCGGGCCUGGCAGUCAUGAAGACAAUAGAUGAUUUGCUGCGCUGUGGAAUUUGCUUUGAAUAUUUCAACAUUGCAAUGAUGAUUCCUCAGUGUUCACAUAACUACUGUUCUCUUUGUAUAAGAAAAUUUCUGUCCUAUAAAACACAAUGUCCAACUUGCUGUGUGACAGUCACAGAGCCGGACCUGAAAAAUAACCGCGUAUUAGAUGAACUGGUAAAAAGCUUGAAUUUUGCACGGAAUCAUCUGUUGCAGUUUGCCUUAGAGUCACCACCCAUCUCUUCUUCCUCCUCUUCAAAGAACCUUGCUGCCAAAGUGCACACUUCUGUAGCCUUCAGACAUUCAUUAAAGCAAGGAAGCAGGCUAAUGGAGAACUUCUUGAUUAGAGAAGCUGGUGGUUCUGUGUCAGAGUUGUUGAUAAAAGCGAAUGAAAGCGAAUUCAGCCCUCAGAAAGAGCUGAGUUCUUCUGCAAAGACCAGAGGGACACCUUCCGUAGAAAAAUCAGCUCCAGGUUUCUCAGAGGCUGGUGUUCCUGAGACACCCUCUACAUCGGCCUUGAAACAAGUUACUAAAGUGGAUUGUCCUGUUUGUGGUGUUCAUAUUCCAGAAAAUCACAUUAAUAAGCACUUAGACAGCUGUUUAUCACGUGAAGAGAAGAUAGAAAGCCUCAGAAGCUCUGUUCACAAGAGGAAGCCGCUGCCCAAAACUGUAUAUAACUUGCUCUCAGAUAGAGAUUUAAAGAAAAAGCUAAAACAGCAUGGCUUAUCUGUUCGAGGAAAUAAACAACAGCUCAUUAAAAGGCACCAAGAAUUCGUACACAUGUACAAUGCCCAGUGUGAUGCUUUGAAUCCUAAAUCAGCUGCUGAAAUAGUUCAAGAAAUUGAAAAUAUGGAGAAGACUAGGAUGCGUCUUGAAGCUAGUAGACUCAACGAAAGCAUAAUGGUUUUUACAAAGGACCAAACAGAAAAGGAAAUAGAUGAAAUACACAGUAAAUAUCGUAUAAAACAUCAGAAUGAAUUUCAGCGUCUGGUGGAUCAAGCCAAAAAAGGAUAUAAGAAAACUGUUGGAAUGUCCAAAAAAAAAGUAACAAAAGAAGAAGAUGAAUCUACAGAAAAGCUACUAUCUGUAUGCGGGGGACAGGAAGAUAAUAAAAUGAAAUUCUCAGAUACGCCCUCAGUAACAAACCACUUCCCUCAGUCAAAGCUGGACUCCCCAGGGAAACUAGAGCCUGACAGACCAGAUGAUUCUUCCAGUUGUACUGAUAUUCAAGAGGUAGCUCUUUCUUCACCGGAGUCAGAUUCAUGCAAUAGUUCCAGUUCAGACAUCAUAAGAGAUCUUCUAGAAGAAGAGGAAGCCUGGGAAGCAUCACAUAAAUGCGAUCUUCAAGACACAGAAAUAAGUCCCAGACAGAAUCGUCGCACGAGGUCAGCUGAAAGUGCUGAGCUCGAGCCAAGAAAUAAGCGGAACAGGAAUUAGUGAAAAAAAAAAAACUUACAAAGCAUCCUCACUUGGUCAGUUACCUCCUGCCCCUAAAACAUCUCUCUCUAAAAAUACUGGCAUCCACACGUUCACCAGCUUUGCAGACGACAGAGACUUUUUGGCAAAAGGGUUUUGUUUGAUUUUGUUUCUAAAUUUCAGAAUGUCCUUAAGCCAUUCUCCUCUUCCAUGGAGAAGCCAACUUCAGAAAAGGAUCCUUUAGCCCCUCUACCACAAGGAGCAGUUGAGGCAUUCAGAGCCACUGUGUUUCUGGAAAGGCAGGAUGUCCCAACUCAAGUCCUCCGUGAGUGUGAGCACGCGAGGCCUGGAGGCCGGUGCGCGUGUUACAGCCGUUUCAGGAUGGUUGUUGCCCGAGUUUCAUGUGGUUGUUAGUUAGACCUGUGUCUUACACUUUACUUGGACUAGGAUAUUAGUAUUGUAACCUAAAGGCACAAAACAGUAACUUUGAAACAUUAGGCAUAUUCUCCAGAAAUGCCACUUACAAAUGAU